AUGAAACUCGCGAUUGUCCCUCCACCCUUCCUUUUUUUGACACUCACUACCCAUUCUGUGCUACAUGCUCAGUGCAAGAUGUUGCUGCCGUCAUUGCUGUCGGGCAUGUUCUUCAAAACGAAUCCGCCAGGAACGCAUGCUCCAGAGAACGUUUCAACAACUAUUGAAGCUGCAGUUAAAUCUGGCGCCCCGUCUGCUGCAGACGAUGUCAGCGGCGGUCAGGUAACUGGGGCUGUAGAUUUUGCUCCGGAGGUGGAUGCCAUUCGAGAUAGUGCUGAGGCAACGCAGCCAACUGACCAAGAAGUGUUUGGCGAAGAACUGAUCAUCACUCAGACUGAGGAACAAGCACCAGAAACCGAAUAUGCUACGGAAAGCUUCGGAAGCUCGAAUGGAGACGUCACAGCUGCAACACCGCAAGCGGGCUCCACUUUGGAGGCCCCGAACACUGACGCACAAGGUUUUGCCAAAGCCGAAGAGCAGCAACUUUCCGAAAAUGAUGCUUGGAAUAACUCGGAGCCGCUGCAAUCUGUCGGCGAGUCUGCAGAGGCUUCCUGGAUAUCAAGCGUCAGCAAAGACAGUGCCAUCGAAGCCCUACUUCCCCUUGUGGCUAUGACCCCCGUGUUAGCAGCUGCGGGCUUUCAUGCUGACAUUCAAAAGUUAUCAAGCGGCACAUUCCUUGUGCGAUUCCCACGCAUCGACUACGCUGUGCAAGUAAAAGACCUUACGAGAUACUGA